UCGUCGAUCGUUCAGACUUUCAAGUGUUUGACAUGUCCAAUAAAAGUCGCUGCAGUAGUUUAGCGUCAGCCACAUCGGAGUUAAAAUCAAAACCGACGGAAAUGGAGAAAAAAAUUAUUACAAAAAUGUUAGAUAAUAAUGAUUUAACUUGCUCGAUAUGCUUUGACGUUUUUGAAAAGCCAUCAGAAUUGAAUUGUAGUCAUGUGUUUUGUUUCAAAUGCGUAAAAAAUUGGAUGCGUAAUAACAGAUCAUGUCCAAUAUGUCGGCGAACUAUACUGGAUCCGCCAGUUGUUUGCACUAUGUUGGAAAAACUUAUUUUAGAAAUGAAGUCAGCUUCUGUGCCUGUUGAAAAUCGACGUUACACAAUAAACGCAGUUUAUAUAACGCAAGCAUCAACAUCCGUAUCACGUUCGGCCGUCAGAAAAGACUAUAAUUAUGAGCGUCCACCAUGGAGAUAGAAAAUGUAAAACAAUCAUAACAUUUUUAAUAUAUAAUAUGC